GCUUGCGCUUCGAAGAUGGCGGCGCUGAGUGGCGGCGGUGGCGGCGGCGGUGGCAGCGGCGGCGGCGGUGGCGGCGGCGGCGGCGGCGGCGGCGGCGGCGGCGGCGGCGGCGGCGGCGGCGCCGAGCAGGGCCAGGCUCUCUUCAAUGGAGACAUGGAGCCCGAGGCCGGCGCUGGCGCCGCGGCCUCUUCGGCUGCGGACCCGGCCAUUCCUGAAGAGGUGUGGAAUAUCAAGCAAAUGAUUAAGUUGACACAAGAACAUAUAGAGGCCCUAUUGGACAAAUUUGGUGGGGAGCAUAAUCCACCAUCAAUAUACUUGGAGGCCUAUGAAGAGUACACCAGCAAGCUAGAUGCCCUCCAGCAAAGAGAGCAACAGCUGUUGGAGUCCCUGGGGAAUGGAACUGAGUUUUCUGUUUCUAGCUCCGCGUCAAUGGACACGGUUACAUCCUCCUCUUCUUCUAGCCUUUCAGUGCUACCUUCAUCUCUUUCAGUUUUUCAAACUCCCACAGAUGGAUCACGAAACAACCCCAAGUCACCACAGAAACCUAUUGUUAGAGUCUUCCUGCCCAACAAACAGAGGACAGUGGUACCCGCAAGAUGUGGCGUUACAGUCCGAGACAGUCUAAAGAAAGCGCUGAUGAUGAGAGGUCUUAUCCCAGAAUGCUGUGCUGUUUACAGAAUUCAGGAUGGGUAUGGUUUAGAGAAGAAACCAAUUGGCUGGGACACUGAUAUUUCCUGGCUUACUGGAGAGGAGUUGCAUGUAGAAGUACUGGAGAAUGUUCCACUUACAACACACAACUUUGUACGGAAAACUUUUUUCACCUUAGCAUUUUGUGACUUUUGUCGAAAGCUGCUUUUCCAGGGUUUCCGCUGUCAAACAUGUGGUUAUAAGUUUCACCAGCGUUGUAGUACAGAGGUUCCACUGAUGUGUGUUAAUUAUGACCAGCUUGAUUUGCUGUUUGUCUCCAAGUUCUUUGAGCAUCACCCAGUACCACAGGAGGAGGCCUCCUUAGCAGAGACUGCCCUUACAUCUGGAUCCCCUUCUGCACCCCCCUCAGACUCUCUUGGGCCCCAAAUCCUCACCAGUCCAUCUCCUUCAAAAUCCAUUCCAAUCCCACAGCCCUUCCGCCCAGCAGAUGAAGACCAUCGGAAUCAGUUUGGGCAGCGAGACCGGUCCUCCUCAGCUCCCAACGUACAUAUAAACACAAUCGAACCUGUCAAUAUUGAUGAAAAAUUCCCAGAAGUGGAAUUACAGGAUCAAAGGGAUUUGAUUAGAGACCAGGGGUUUCGUAGUGAUGGAGCCCCCUUGAACCAGCUGAUGCGCUGUCUUCGGAAAUACCAAUCCCGGACUCCCAGCCCCCUCCUACAUUCUGUCCCCAGUGAAAUAGUGUUUGAUUUUGAGCCUGGCCCAGUGUUCAGAGGGUCAACUACAGGUUUGUCCGCCACCCCACCUGCCUCAUUGCCUGGCUCACUCACUAACGUGAAAGCCUUACAAAAAUCUCCAGGACCUCAGCGGGAAAGGAAAUCAUCAUCAUCCUCAGAAGACAGAAAUCGAAUGAAAACACUUGGUAGACGAGAUUCAAGUGAUGAUUGGGAGAUUCCUGAUGGACAGAUUACAGUGGGACAAAGAAUUGGAUCUGGAUCAUUUGGAACUGUCUACAAGGGAAAGUGGCAUGGCGAUGUGGCAGUGAAAAUGUUGAAUGUGACAGCACCCACACCUCAACAGUUACAGGCCUUCAAAAAUGAAGUAGGAGUCCUCAGGAAAACACGACAUGUGAAUAUCCUACUUUUCAUGGGCUAUUCAACAAAGCCACAGCUGGCUAUUGUUACCCAGUGGUGUGAGGGCUCCAGCCUGUAUCACCAUCUCCACAUCAUUGAGACCAAAUUUGAGAUGAUCAAACUUAUAGAUAUUGCUCGGCAGACUGCACAGGGCAUGGAUUACUUACACGCCAAGUCAAUCAUCCACAGAGACCUCAAGAGUAAUAAUAUAUUUCUUCAUGAAGACCUCACGGUAAAAAUAGGUGAUUUUGGUUUAGCUACAGUGAAAUCUCGAUGGAGUGGGUCCCAUCAGUUUGAACAGUUGUCUGGAUCUAUCUUGUGGAUGGCACCAGAAGUAAUCAGAAUGCAAGAUAAAAACCCAUAUAGCUUUCAGUCAGAUGUAUAUGCAUUUGGGAUUGUUCUGUAUGAACUAAUGACUGGCCAGCUACCUUAUUCGAACAUCAACAACAGGGAUCAGAUAAUUUUUAUGGUGGGACGAGGCUAUCUAUCUCCAGAUCUCAGUAAGGUACGGAGUAACUGUCCAAAAGCCAUGAAGAGAUUAAUGGCAGAGUGCCUCAAAAAGAAAAGAGACGAGCGACCACUCUUUCCCCAAAUCCUCGCCUCCAUUGAGCUGCUGGCCCGCUCACUGCCGAAAAUUCACCGCAGUGCGUCAGAGCCCUCCCUGAACCGGGCUGGUUUCCAGACAGAAGAUUUUAGUCUGUAUGCUUGUGCGUCUCCUAAAACACCCAUCCAAGCAGGGGGCUAUGGAGAAUUUGCAGCCUUCAAGUAACCACUCCAUCAUGGCAGCAUCUGCUCUUUAUUUCAUGUCUUGUGUUCAUACAGUUUGUUAACAUCAAAACACAGUUCUGUUCCUCACAUCUUUUUCUAAAAGAUACAAAAUUUUUAAUGCCUAAGCUCGUGUGGAACAGAGUGGAAUUUCUUAUUCAACAAAAGAGGGAAGAAUGUUUUAGGAACCAGAAUUCUCUGCUGCCCGUGUUUCUUCUUCAACACAAAUGUCACGUGCACACAAGUCUGCCCAUUCCCAGGAAGAAAGAGGAGAGACCCUGAAUUCUGCCCUUUUGGUGGUCAGGCAUGAUGGAAAGAAUUUGCUGCUGCAGCUUGGGAAAUCUGCUAUGGAAAGUCUGCCAGUCAACUUUGCCCUGCUAACUACCAGAUCAGUUUGUGGCUGGUCAUCUGAUGGGGCGAUUUCAAUCACCAAGCAUCGUUCUUGCCUGUUCUGGGAUGUGUUGUGGAGUGCUUUCCCUAUCCACCACCGUUAACUUCUGAGGGAUGGAGUAAAUGCAGCAUCCCCUUUGUGUAGCGCCUGUUCAGUCCUCACCAAACGUCACAGUGAAGCUCUUUAAAUUUCAGUGGAGGGUGAGAGGUGAGGAGAGCCUGUGUUGGGGGCCGAGAAAGGGGGAUGCUGCAUCUUCUUCCUCACCUCCAGCUCUCUCCCCUCGGGUUGCCUGGCUCCCUGGGCUCUGCCUAAGCACUCGGGCUGGACAGUGCUGGCACACAUUGCCUUCUUUCUCACUGGGUCCAGCAAUAGAGAUGGGGGUUGGGGGAUUGCUUCCUCCACAGUGUAGCAAAUUCUCAGGAAAAUACAGUCCAUAGCUUCCUCUCAGCUCUUCCAGUCACCAAAUACUUAUGUGGCUACCUUGUCCAGGGCACAAAAUGCCAUGGACAGCAUCUAAUUAAAAGCCUACAAAACUGCUUACUGACAGUUUUGAAUGUGAGAGAUUAGUGUAAUUUAAAUGUAAGGUACAGGUUUUAAUUUCUGAGUUUUUGUCUAUUUUUAUUUUUAAUAAAAGAAAAUAAUUUUCAGGUUUAAUUGGAAUAAAAGAAUACUUCCCACCAGAAUAUAUAUCCUGAAAAUUAUAUUUUUGUUAAUUGUAAGCAACUUUUAAAGAAUGAUUAUUAUCCUUUUCUUUACCUAAAAUUGUGGGGAGUCUUAGCAUAAUGAGUUAUUUAUACUUUUUAAAUUAAUGGUACUUGCUGGAUCCACACUAACAUCUUUGCUAACAAUCCCAUUGUUUCUUCCAACUUAACGUCUACACUACACCCUACAUCCUCUUUCUAGUCUUUGAUCUAUAAUAUGCAACCUAAAAUAAAAAUGGUGGUGUCUCCAGUCAUUCUCCUUCCUUUUUUCCCAAGCCUGGUCUUCAGAAGGUUGGGUAAUUUGGUAGCUGAGUUCCCUAGAUAGAAAUAAAACUGUUAGGGACAUUGGAGUUGCAGGAAGGUGUGAGGCCUGUCAUCGGUUUUUUUUUAUAGAACCCUAAAUCUUGUCUUUGCACAGAUCAAAAGUAUAACCGAGUUAUAGCUUCCCUUGGCUUUAAGGGUAAUAAAUUACCAUAGUAGCAAAGAAAGUGACUGGAUAUAUUAAUGGCCAGUACCUCUCUUAUCCAGGAAUCUUGAAUCUUGAAUUUAGAAAUGCAAAUUAAAAGAGAUGACUUAGCAACUACACUAUAGCCAAGAACUUGAAAAAAAAAUACUAUGGAAUCUAAAAGAAAAUGGAAUUUUAAAUUAUUUCAAGUUUCAAAUUAUAACGAUCCCACUAUAUAUUUAAGCCUAUACAAAACAGCUAGAUGAUUUUUGCUCAAAUAUCUGUCAUCAAAGAAAGGCUAUUGAAAAUUUUAUGAAUCCCCAUUAAUCAGUUAGCAGCAAUGCAUUUUUAAGUCUUAGAUGAGUACCUUAAAAAUGUUAGAAACUGAGAUGAAAAUGAUUCAUGCUGAUAUGAAAAAUAGCCUCUGCAUAUGAUGUGCCACUCUUUGAAAGGCAUUUUUACCCUUUUAAAUGCUUUUUAGCAUGGCUUUGUUUCCUUUACCCAGGAUUAGCUAGAAAGAGCUAGGCUUUGGCCGUCAAUGUACAUUUAGGUCCUGCUGAGGAGUUAGAGCCUCCCAGGCAUGCCUUGGUGCAGGGCCACCUCCUUGCUGGAAGAGGGGACCCAGCAAGCUUAAGGAGGGAGCUUAGCAUGUGAGUGGUCUAGACAGAAUGCAAAGGGACCCUUCUAACUUUCAUUUUAAUGUAGGUUGCUAUCUCACUUGAAAAGGGAAAGUGGAGUUGAUAUUAAAUGAAGCUGUGCCCAGAAGCCAGGCUCAGGGGAUUGCGAGAUGUUUUUAAUAGAGAUUAUAAAAAGUAGAAAUAAAUAUUUAAGCCUUCCUUAUUUUCUAUCUGAUACGUUUUUCUUCUUGUUUACAAACAUGAGAAAGGUAUCCUUUGUGGGUUUUUUCUUUUUUUUUUUAUGCUUAGACUGCAGAUAAUCUUGUUGAGCUCCUAAGGAAAUACAAGGAAGUCCUUGUUUGUGCAGAGCACUUUAUGAGUAAUUGUAUAGACAGAAUGUGGCUGCUUCACUGUCUUGUAAGGCUGGAGCUGUCGGGCCAUGAAGUGGUUGCAGUGCUUCCUGAGGUCUGUUUUGUUUGGGUUAGGAGUGAAGUCUUGGAAAGGUUUGAGAGCAACUAUAUAGAAUUGUUUUUAAAUAUGUAGUAUUCCUGAUGGACCUUUUCACCAUUAAGCUACAGGACCCAAACUUUUGACACUGAGAUAUUAUUAACCUCAAAAUGUAGUUUAUAGAAGGAAUUUGUGACUAGAGUAUCCAGUGUGGUCAUUUGUACUUACAUGCAUCUUCAGCAAAUAUUCUGUGUAACUGUCAGAUUCUGGUUCCUGAACAGCCCAUCUCUUAAGUCCAUAUGUGAGGUCUGGGAGGGCAUAAUGAGGCAUCCUCAAAGAUGAUCUGAUAUAAACUGUAUGCUAGAUUUAUGCUGGUACAGGAGAAGGAAUUACAUAAAGAUGUAAUUCAGGACUUCAGCACUGUCAACCAGAAACCUUGUAAAUACUCCUCAGUCUUGGUGCGGUCCCACUUCUUUUAUCACGUGAUGUCUUGUCAGGCACUGUCAGAGCUGCUGUCUGUCCCUCUUCAGAUCUCACCUGUCCCUACCGCACAUCCACCUCCCAGCCUCUUGCAAACCUCAGCAUCUAGCUUUAGUUGGAAACACAGUGCAGGGAUCAGGUGACCUCUUCAAAAAACUACCUCCUCAGAAUGAGGUAAUGAACAGUUAUUUAUUUUAAAGUAUGAGAAGUCAGGAGCUCUAGAACAUGAAGAUGAUAGAAGAUUUUAACUUUUAUGUGUACUUGUAGUUGAGCACUCGUUUUGUCCUAAAGGGCAUUAUACAUUUAAGCAGUGAUACUGUUGGAAGAUUUUUUUUUUCUUUAAAGGUGUAGCUCAGAGUAUCUGUUGUUGGAAUUGGUGCCAGAGUCUGUUUAAUAUAUUUCAGAAUCUUAACCUUCAGUCAGUUGCAUGAAGUUAAAUAGUUAUGGUAACACUUUGCUAACCAUGAUAUAAUUCUACCUUUCAGUAAGUAGGUUUGGCAAAACAGUAUACCUUCACAGUGAGUUGGCCACAGCUUUGUCACAUGCCCAGAUGUUCAUCUAAAGAGACUGCCCAGCUAAGAGGGUAGAAGGAUGCCCUUUUUAUAAGAUUCUCUUCUUUGUCUAAGUUGGCAUUGUUGUGCUCUAAUACCAGCACCUUGACCAGCAGAUGUCAGCCAAUAAGCUAUUUUUAAAACCACAGCCCGAGAUGAAAAGGUCACUGUGAGUAGAAACACCAGGUAGCUUACAGGGGUGAAACACUGUAGGGAGGCUCGAGAAAAAUACCUUGACAAUUUGCCAAAUGAUCUUACUGUGCCUUCAUGAUGCAAUAAAAAGCUAACAUUUAGCAGAAACCAGUGAUUUAUGAAGAGAACAGCCAGUCUGGUUUAACUCAGCUGUGUUAAUAUUUUUUAGAGUGCAAUUUAGACUGCGAAGAUAACUGCACUAAAGAGUUUAUAGCCAAAAUCACAUCAAAAAACAUGAGAAAAUGGUAAAUUUUCAAUGAACAAAAUUAUUUUUUUAAAGCACAUAAUCCCUAGUAUAGCCAGAAAUAUUUACCACAUAGAGCAACUAGGUUGAAAAUACAGUUCAGUGACAUUUCUAGAGAAACUUUUUCUACUCCCAUAGGCUCUUCAAAGCAUGGAACUUUUAUACACAAUGUUUGACAUUUUAAGAUACUGCUGUAGUUUAGUUUUGAAGUAGUGUGUGCUGGGCAGCAAUCAUGUUCUAACUCAAUGAGAAAAAACACAUUGUAGAUUUGAUUUGUUUCCAGAGAAAUGCUGCCAACCUAGACACUGAGUGUUCAGAGUUUGAAGUGUAAACUUGCCUCCCAAGACCUGUUUGCAAAUGAAGUUGGCUAGUGCUACUGAGUGCUCUGGUGCGUGGCGAAGACAGGGCUGUCUCUGCGAGUGUCUUUUGUAAAGGGACAUUGGAGUAGUGAAAGACUUGGCCAGUGCAUAUAAACUGGACACUCCAUGCUGUGGUUCUUGCAUCCUUUCCUCACUAGCCCCAAGAAACUCAAUGUUUUCCCCAGUGUGUCCUUUAGCUGUUUCACUCAGAUUCCAAGAUGAAUUGCUGAUACCAGAAGGGACUGAAGUGGUUGGUGUAUUUGUGGUCCUAAUUGCUGGCUCUGGUAGAGUUGAAGAUGCUGGCCAGAUGCUUGUUCUGUCAGUACACCAGACAAUAAUUUAAUAGUUUCAGAUUAAUUUAUUUCUACUUCCAUUUGGGCAGAGAUACUUAAACUGAAAUUCAGAUCUAAUUUUUGUCAUUUGAAAGGAAACAUUAACAGUUCCUUUUUUUUCUUUUCACUGGGGUGUGCAGCGAGGGCCUUAUAUGCACGGGCAAGGAUCCUACCACUGAGCCACAUUUAUCCACAUUUAUAUAAAAUGUUAAGUUAAAACUCUCGCUCACUGUUUCUCUCUCUCUCUUAGGGACACCUAGUUACCACUUUAGUAAAGUGAUAAAGGUGAAUCCUUUAUUUCAGUCUCCACAACUCCAACUAUCCCUUUUAUUAAUUACUCAAUCAGUAUCACUAAAUUGUUUACUUUUAUUUAGCCGUUUUGACUAACUGCAGUGAUAUAACCAGUUGUGCAUGAGGACAACAGCCAGUGUGGUGUUGUUUUUUUGUUUUGUUUUGUUUUUUGUGGUGCAUUUUUUUGUAGAGAAUUCUGUAGAUUGAAGUGCUCUUUGAAUAGAACUGAAAUAUAUUUAUUCUUGUGAGUAUCAAAAAAUGUUUUGUGCAAAUCAUUUGCUUUUCCUGGCAGGCUGAGUACAUUAGCCAGCACCCAUGACUGCUGGUUCCCAUCUACAGUGUACACAGGGGAGACAGACGGGAAGUGUGUGAAGUGUGUUUACAGAGCUGGAAUGGGGAUGGGAGUGAUUGAUUUAGUCUUAUUUUUGCCUUGAAAAUCACUGUUGUUUUAAGACCCAUGUGUGUUUGGCUGGGCUAUGAGUUACAUAGGAAGAAACUGCAGACUAGAAAGCUCACAGACAGGCACAAAUGGAAGAAAAUGGACCAAAAUAAGGUAGGGUGACACUUCAAUCUGGGACUUAGGAAAAAACUAAAGGUGGGAGAUGAACUAUAGUCACCUGAAAUACAAUGUAAGAGUGCAAUAAAUGUGCUUCUUAUUCUAAGCUGUGAACUUUUUUUAAGUCAUUCCUUUCUAAUACAUUUAAUGUAUGAUGUUCCAUUGCUGACUAAAACCAGUUAUGUGAACAUAGGCCUUUUUAUUCAUGUUAAUUACCAGUAUAAGCGGCUAACCUUGAUGUCUUAUUUAUCUUCAUGUUGUAUUAGUUUACAUACCAGGUAUGUGUGUGUAUGCUGUACUCUUUCUCCCUUUAUUUGAAAACACUUUGGGUCAUUUCCUUUGGCCAUUCCACAAUACAGCAUUGGUUUGGCUUCCAUGUCACCAUAUUUGAAGGACUGUGUCCCGGUAGCAGAAUUUAUGGUAUUCCCAUUGUUGGGUGUACUUCUGAUCCUUUGCUUCUACAGCACUUGCCUCUCCUAAGAUAGUCAUACAACUAACUGAUCAGGGGAUGGACUUCACCACUCAUCAUGUCUCUUGGAUUCUAUUAAAUAGACCACUCUUUGGCUUUAGACCAGGAAAAAGGAGACAACCCUAGCCAUCUACCAAGCCUCACUCUAAAUGGUCAUAUGUACUUCUUGGUCUGAGGACAAGUCUCCAAUAAGGGAGAGGAGAGGGAAUGCUUCAUGUUUGAACUGCAGUGAGUUACGGCUCCUGUUUCACCACCCAAACCUAUGGCAACUCCUACACAUUCCUCUUGUCUGUAAUUGCCAGAGGUUUGGGUUUGUCACCUCAGUUCCACUCAAGCAUUGAAAAGGUUCUCUGGAGUCUGGGGUGUGCCCAGUGAAAAGAGGGGAACUUUUUCAUUAUCCACAAACCUCUCUAUACCUGCUUUGCAAAAAUUAUAAUGGAGUAACUAUUUUUAAAGCUUAUUUUUCAAUUCAUAAGAAAAAGACAUUUAUUUUCAAUCAAAUGGAUGAUGUCUCCCUCUUAUCCCGUAUUCCUCAAUGUUUGCUUGAAUUUUUUUUCUUCUCUAUACCUACUUCCUAUUACUUAGUUCUUUCCUGCUCAGGUCCCUUCAUUUGUACUUUGGAGUUUUUCUCAUGUAAAUUUGUAUAAUGGAAAAUAUUGUUCAGUUUGGAUAGAAAGCAUGGAGAAUUAAAUAAAAAGAUAGCUGAAAAUCAAAUUGAAGAACUUUAUUUCUGUGUAAAGUUAUUUAAAAACUCUGUAUUAUAAAAAAAGGCCAAAAAAGUGCUAUGUAAUUGAUGUGAAUAUGCGAAUACUGCUAUAAUAAAGAUUGACUGCAUGGAGAAAUCUUAA